AUGUCCGGACCCGAGCACGCGCCGCGCGCUGCGGGUGCAGAGGCUUCAUCGGCACCCGUCGCGUCGGGGAAGGUUGCCGACCAAGAAGCUCAAGCGCGUCCCGCGUCUUCGUGGGGAGACGACUCUUGCGCGUCGACGUCCACGACGAGUCACGUGUUCAACACCGCGGUGACGGAGAAUAACGUACCAACGGUGCUCAGUAAGCUGCAGAAGUGGGGGGACUACGCGAGCUACGGCGAGCCCGUCGCGCCGUCGCGUUUCAUCCCGAUGAAGACCCCACUCUCGCCGACGCUCUUGGCGAAGGACGCGGAGGAGUCCCUGCCGAACAUCCUCACCCUGCCCAAGUUCCUGGCCGAGCAGCGCGCGCUGGGACGUAAGGUUGGGCUCAUAAUCGACCUCAGCAACCACGACUGCCUGUACUCCGACGGCGUCCCCCCGGACCUCGAGCGAGUGCACGUCAGGAACGUGGCGAAGUCGAUUCCAAACGUCGAGUGCACCGACGAGGUGAUUGCCGUCGCGUCGGAGUUCUGGAGCAGGAGACCCGACGAGUACGUAGCCAUACACUGCGCCUACGGCUUCAAUCGCACCGGGUUCGUGCUGUGCUGCUACCUCAUACAGGCGCUGGGGAUGAGCGCGGAGCGUGCGCUCGAAGCGUUUGCGGCGGCGAGGGAGCCGGGGGUGAAGCACGAGCGAUUCCGCGAGGCUCUCCGACGGCGGUACCCGCGGCCGGGGUGCGCGCCCGUCGUCAUCGACGAGGUGGACGUGAACGAGGACCGGCCGGGGCACGUCAGCCGGCCCAGCAUGGACAUCAACGAGACGCUGGACCUGGACGAGACGCUAAAGAUGCCGCGGUCGCUGUCGCAGAGCACGCUCGCGGAUGUGGAGGAGGGCGAUAACGACGGAACCUGA